AGUGUGGGCGUGGAGCACUGUACACCGGCUCCAGUUGAAGAUCUAUUCCGUUUCCUAGUUGGUUUCUUCUUUAUUUUGACAGGUGUUCUUUUCCUACUGUGUUGACACCAACCGUUUACUUUAUUUUCACCCACUCGCUGGACGUGAACGUAGCUGGCUGAGCCAGUAUUCAUUGCCAGUUCCUUGUUGCCCUUGAGAAGGCUCUGUUGUAUUGUUCAGCGUAAGCUGGCAACCAGCGUGGCACAGAGGCAGUUGGAUUAUAUAUACACGAGAUUUGCAGGAUUUAGAGUUCCAAUCAGCUAAUUGACAUCCUGCACCCGGUAGUGUGUAUUGCAGUUAAGGGCAGACAUAGUAUUCACGAAAAAGGUCUUGUUUCGAAAGUCAAGAACUGAACGGAGCAAGACAUAACAAUGAAAACCCAGACAGAAACCGAACAAGAAAAUGAUUCAACGUCAAAUGCGAAUCAAAACAAUUUUCAAUAUUCUAUCCUGCACAAAACAACAACUAAAAAAGGACCUAUUGGCCUAAUUCUCAUUGUUGCAUCUAUAAUUGCUUCUGUCAGUGGACUAAUCUUUGGUUAUGAACUGGCAAACAUUUCUGGAGCUCUUCUACAGCUGAGCACGGAAUUCCAUCUCACCUGUGAGAAACAAGAAAUAAUUGUAAGUGCAAUCAUUAUGGGAGGCAUAGUGGGUUCGCUUGCUGGUGGUUACAUCAUUGAUCGAUGGGAAAGACGGAUCGCAGUCGUUGUAACAUCUUGCAGUUACGUAUUGGGAGCUGUCAUUCUAUCAGCAUCUACCUCCUAUGCAAUGCUAAUUGGAGGACGCAUCAUCGUGGGAAUUGCUACAACUUCAGGUGUAACUGCCGCAUGUAUAUACAUAUCAGAGAUUGCACCAUCAGACAGAAGAGGCAUGUUGGUAUCGCUGACUGAAUUCAUGACUGUUAUUGGUGUUCUGUUUGCCUAUGUUUUUAAUUAUGCUUUCUCCCACACUUCAAAUGGAUGGCGGUAUAUGUUUGCAAUUGCUAUUCCACCUGCGGCACUGCAAGUUAUUAGCAUAUUCUUCCUUCCCCCAAGUCCUCGGUCUAUGGUUAAGAAAGGAAAUGAAGAAAAAGCAAGCCUUGUCCUGAAAAAGAUCAGAUCAUAUUCCACUGUUGAUGAUGAACUUGCAAACAUCAAAUCUUCCCUGAGCAAUGAAAGCAAUUGUAAGUUUGUAGAUCUAUUUAGGUCAAACAACCUGAGAAUGCGACUCUGUAUAGGACUUGGUUUGGUCACAUUUUUGCAAGCUACAGGUCAACCAAAUGUUUUAUUUUAUGCCUCUACUAUUUUAAGAUCUGUUGGCUUUGCAAGUGAUUCAACAGCAACAUUGGCUUCAGUUAGUUUUGGGCUAGUGAAAGUGCUUGGCACAAUUUUGGUAAUGUUGCUCAUUGACAAAGUAGGGCGUAAAACAUUUCUUUGCAUAGGAAGUACCAUUAUUAUGAUAUCAUUGAUUAUAUUAGCAUUACUGAUCCAUAAAAUCCCAAUGCAGUUCACAGAUAUCUGCAAUUAUCCCAAUCACACUAAUCACUGGCAAGAUAAUAUCACAUCUUCAAUGCAUGGACAACAUUCAGCAGCUGUUACUGUUUUUCCUUCAAGAAUAAACUUUAGUUCAUCAGCAACAAAACAAGACAAUAUGACAAUUAUACAAAAUGUAUACUCCUCGCCAUUUAUGGGAAGCCCUGAGACAGAUGGACAUAGGAAUGAACCAAUUUCUCCGGCGUUAAAGUGGCUUUGUCUCUGUUUCCUGCUUGUAUACGUUGCUGCCUAUUCUACAAGUUUUGGACCAGUAAUUUGGGUGCUCUUGAGUGAAAUUUUUCCAAUAGGGAUAAAAGGCAGGGCUGUGGCUCUCAUAGGAUGCAUGAACUGGGCCUUGAGUCUGCUCAUUGCUUUGACUUUUCUGUCUGCGACAGAAUUAAUUGGCCUCAUGUGGGUUCUUCUAAUAUACGCAAUUCUCAGUUUUGUGGGAUUGCUUUUUAUCAUAUUCGUUGUACCUGAGACAAAAGGUCAGACCCUAGAGGAGAUAUCUCAACAGCUAGACCAAGGGUACAACAGAACUCCAAUUUGCUGUACAACUGAGCACAUAAAGAAACUUAUUCCAGGAAUAGUUCUGAAGCGGAGAGAUGGUGAGCACUCCAUCUGGGCUACUGACAUCCAAUACCAUACAGAUGGCUUGGAAAAUUCUUUUGAUGCUAUUUGCACUGCUCGUGAUGAUGGACAUGCAACCUGAGGAAAGAAUAUUCAGAUGGGAGAAGUGGAGCCAAAUUAAGAACAAGUUCACUGCUAUACUGCAGUAUGCAUUCUAUAGCAUAAAGUCAAGAGUUUCAAGCUUUGUAAUCUGCAGAAAGGAAGCUUUGUUUUCAUUACAAAUCAUUAAAUCUAAUGGAAUACUGGCAAUAUCAAAUGUUUAUUAUACAAGCAAACCGUAACCACAGGCUUAUCCCUUUGGAAAUGGUGAAGGGUCAAUACCUUUUUUAAGUUACGUAAGUAAUUUCUUGUUAAUAGGUACAUUACAAAUUUCAAAUCAAAUUAGCGCAUCAUAAACACUUUUUUUCAAUUAGUAUUUAUUAAAACAAUAGACAAAAUAAAUCUAGGUUUAGAGAAUAAAUCUCACUGGUGGUGGGUAGUCACUCGCUUUCUUUCUGGAGUAUGAAAUAUUCAUAACUCAAAAGGUACACCAAUCAAAGUUGACAGCAAACACAAAUGAAAAAUAAAACACUGGAACACACCAACAUUAGUGAGAUUCUCCUUAUUCCGUGGCAGGGGUGGGAUGUUGAGGCUCCUGUUUAAAUUCACCAUCUGCAGCAUUAUGGGCUAUUUAGUUCUAAUCCCACAAAAUAUUUUUUCAAAUACAGAAAUGUUUCCCAUGGGACUGGCUUAGAAUAUUAACGUAACACUUGUUACUAUGUUUUGACAUAUUUCCAAUGGUUAUGAUAAAAGGUACGAUCUUGGCAUUUAAGUAUUUUAAUGAAACAACAUCACACUGCCUUUUUGAUCCAUUAGGUGGUGCUGUAUAUGAAGUUCUCAACUUUGUUGAUCAAUUCUAAAAUGUAAGACCAACCAGCAAUCAUGCAAAUAUUUAAAUAAUUUUUUCAGUUUGAUGCACCAGAUUUUUAAAAAAAUUAAUAGAAUGUGAUUUGACUCUAAUUUUUAGGAACCCUCAAAUUUUAAUUCUCUCAUAAAAGAUUAAUUUUAAAAAAAUGAAUGCUCAGUCCAUGUCUACCUAAAAUUUUAAUCACUACGAAAUGGGGAUUUAAUUUCAAGCACAGCUAUUACUUGCAAGGAUGCGUUGGUCAAAACUCAUGGCCAAAUAAUGUUUUGGGUUUAUUCUUGAGUACUAAACUGGUUACUCUAUUUAUACAUUUAAAAAAAAUGACUGAUGGCAGGGUUCUUGCCUAAAAUUAAAUACACAUCUAUUAAUUUUAUUUAAGCUCUUUAACCAAAUGAACAAUGAUAUUGGUGGCAUCUUUGGUUUUCAUAUACAGCAUAAAAUUUAUUUUUUUUAAAAAAGACCUCACAAUAAAACAAUAAGCUCAACCAGAAAAAAAGUUCAACUUUAAAUGUAGUGCACAUUUUACAAUCUUGUUCCCCUUACUGCACAGACUAAAAGAGCUCUCUCAAGAAAAACAGCAGCAUCAUGUCAUGUAAACAGUUCACAAUAAAACAAUAUUAACAUCCCAAUAUGAAUACAUUUGUAUUGUGUUCAUACAUUGUUAUAAGCAUCUCACAAGUCUCUCAUUUACUCUAUGUCCAUUGCAGGAAUUAUUAUAUGGUAAAAUCUGUCCUUGUAAUCAUCCAUUCAAUAACCAAAGGAUGGUCCCAGAAUAGGAAUGGUUAUUUGAUCAUCUUUCGGGAUUCAAAGAUUAAAGGAUAGGUUUGUUCCACUGCAGUCGCAACACACUGUAUACUGGGUGCUAAGGUAGAGAUAGGAAAAAAAAAAUACACAAAUUACAAAUCACACUUAAUUAGUUUAUUCUACUGUAUGAAAUUAACAUUUUGAAAUGAAACUCAAAUCUAUUAAUAUAGUUUUGCUAAUUUCCCACACAUUGUAGAACUUUCAUCAAUUUAAACCUGUUAUAAGCUUAGGUUUUACUACUCACUCCCUUGGAUACUACAACUAUAGUCAUUUCCAAAAGUGGCAACAGAGUGUCUUAGAUACAAGGACAUUUAAAUACUGUACAAUGCAGUGUGCAAAUAUGCAAUAAUGAAACUCAAAUGUGCAACAAAAUUUGACCAUCACAUCUUUC